AAGAAUCUAAAAAUAAAUGUUGUCUUCUGUUACCAGCACAGAGCUGUUAGAGAAAUAAUUCAUAGACAUGCUGGAGGGAGUGGCCUGUGAGAUGACUGACAACUAAUUCAACAAAUAAAGAGACAGAAUGCCAAGAGGAGGAAAUAUAAAGCUAAAUCACCCCUAGACGGCUCUGGUAAACUGAAGAUUCAUUCUAUAAAGCUUUUUCUCCAUACUCUUCACUAUUGAUCAGCAUCCAUCCAGCCAUAUUUCCCCAGAGGCUGCUACUGGAGAUCAGCGAAGGCAGGGGCUUCUGUUUCUCUGCCAUAAAGCAGCAGCUGCAGCAACAAUGAGCAUCAGCAAUGAGCAGACCAUUAAAAAUGUUGAUGCAAAUGCUUUGGAGGGCAAGAAGCUGCAGGAUCAAUCAACCCCGACCAGGAAUCCUCAACCACCCAAGCCGGAGAAUGCCAUUACUAUUGCAGUCUCAUCCCGUGUCCUGUUCAACAUGGACUUGGAGCAGCAGAUUUAUGAGCAGAAGGGCAUGGAGGAUUAUCUGAAGUACCAGGUUGACCAUGAAGCAGAGCCAUUUUCACCAGGACCUGCUUUCCCCUUCAUUAAGGCUCUGGGUACUGUCAAUGAUCAGCUGAGACAACUUUACCCAGACAGUGAAGAGCUUUUCGAUGUAGUGCUGAUGACUAACAACCAUGCUCAUGUUGGAAUCAGACUUAUUAAUUCACUCAACUAUUACAAGCUGUUCAUUGAGCGCAUCUGUAUGACUGGAGGUAACAGUCCGAUUGGGUACCUGAAGGCCUAUCACACCAACCUAUAUCUCUCUGCUGAUUCAGUAAAAGUAAGAGAGGCCUUAGAGGAAGGCAUUGCUGCAGCGAUCAUGUUCAAACCAGAGAAAACAAGACAGGUUUCAGAGACUCAGCUGCGAGUGGCUUUUGAUGGAGAUGCAGUGUUAUUCUCAGAUGAGUCGGAGAGGAUCUUUAAAACGCAGGGCCUGGACAAAUUUUUUGAACAUGAAAAAGCCCAUGAAAACAAGCCACUUGAUCACGGUCCACUAAAAGGAUUCUUAGAGGCACUGGGAAAACUUCAAAAGAAAUUCUAUGCUAAAGGUCAGCGCAUGGACUGUCCCAUCCGCACUUACCUGGUGACAGCUCGCAGUGCAGCCAGUUCAGGUGCUCGUGCACUGAAGACCCUGCGUUCCUGGGGCCUGGAGACAGAUGAGGCUCUUUUUCUGGCUGGGGCCCCUAAGGGCCCUAUGCUGGCAAAGAUCAAGCCCCACAUCUUCUUUGAUGACCAGAUGUUCCACAUAGAGGGAGCUGCUGAACUGGGUACUGUUGGAGCCCAUGUGCCUUAUGGAAUCUCCCAGAAGCUGCCACCUAGAAAACCCAACAAUCCAAAAGACACCAAUGGUGCCAAAAAGUGACUUGAAUGAAAUAAAAUAAACAGCAUGGCUUUAUGAGGAAAUAUA